UCCGGGGUACCCGUAAGGUGUUUUACGUGAUUACGCGGUGGCGGGACUGAAGUAAAUAUGCAGAUAAGAGAGAAAGAAAAGCCAUAGUUUGUGGGAAAAAGGGGAGCCGCUCGCGUUGGCAUGUGACCGCGAGGUUAGAAGUGGGAGGUUUCUUGGUCCCGUGUUCUGCACCGUGUGCGAGCUCGUGGCGCGCGCGAGCUACGUGACAGCGAUCGUCGGCCGCGCGUUGCUGCUACUGCUGGGGGGCUCGCGGAGCACGGAGCGCGCCCCUUGCCUUCACAAGGGACAUGCAGUUGGACUGAAGGUGGGCGCAUCACGGGGCCACGCAGCCAUGAGCGGCAAGACGACGAGGGGGAGUCACCGGGGAGUGACCGCGGGCGUGACGGAUGCGCCCAAAGUGUCCCGGGCGGAGAAAGACUGCAGCUUCUCGGACUCCAGCUCCGGGUAUCUGAGUGCCGUGGACCACACAGACUCGGAGGAUGCAAGCCGAACGGGAGCACGGAGCACGCAGUCGGGGCCCCGGGUAGCUGUGGUGGCAGGUUCCUAUCCCAACCUGUCUCCCAUGAUUAUCAUGAACAAUGUGGUCCUCAAACAGCCAAAUCCUGCAGCUCCAACAGUAAAGCCCUGGGGCUUUCAGUCUGCCUUGGAAAUACUUCCUCAACCCCAGGUGGUCUUCCUCCAGCCAGUGGUCUCGAGUGGCAGCGGAAAAUCUAUGAAGACUGCUGGCAGCAAGCAGCGGUCCAGGAAGUACCUACCCAUCCUGAAAUCGUACCCAAAGAUUGCUCCAUACCCUGGAGAGAGCAUCACAGAAAAAAGCAGUUCUGGUUCCCCGGAGCAGAGCAGUUCAGCCUCCAGUCGCAGCGGGCGCCACCACCACCACCGCCGCCGCCACCAUCACCGCGACAGACAGCAAGUCUCCCUGAUGAGCUCCACUAGGUCCGUCCACCCUGUCAACCCCCAGCCGGCUUCACCCAAGCACACCCGCCCCAAGACCAAUGCUGUGGAGGUCCAGGCCUUGGACAAAUCUUUUCAGGCUGCACAGUCUCAAGAGUUAACCUUACCUUCAGGUGCACCUGCUUCACCCAUCCCUGAGGCUAGAGUUUCAUCGCCCUGCAGGUUGCCAGUGACACCCCCAGUGGGUAAGGGCCUAGAGGACAUCCCAUCUGACGGUCAGAGCAAGCGCAAGCGCUUCUGCAACACGUACAACAUUCUUCACAGGUCAGGGCUACUGGGAAUCACGUUGCGCACCAAGGAGCUCAUCAGGCUAAACCGCCACACCCAGAACCAGCUGGACCAUCUGCAGCAGCAGACCAGCCUCUUCGUGGAGGCUGUGCACAGUGGUGACCCCCAGGUCUGGGCCAAGCUACAGCUGGCCAUGCUAGAGGCAGGUACCGCAGGAGCAGUGGAUGAGCAGGAGAAUGUUGACAAUGACAAAGAGGAGGCUCAGAACAACCAAUUCUGAGUCUCCAGUGGGUCUGAUCAUAUUUUGGGCAAAUGCCAUGCUGCAUUCUUAGACCAGCACAUUGUAGCCUUAAGUUUUCUCAUGGUGUUGUGUUAUAUCUUACCUGUCAUGGGGUGGGCUGCAUGUCAUUUUAAAUGCUCCUUUAGUUAGCUUUUACAGACUCUGGGAGCAGUAUAUGGGUCUUGCAAGAUGGGGGAGGGGACUAGGAACUUGACCGCUCAAGUGGUGUUGCAGUAAAUUUCCAUUUUUGCUGUAUAGGAUGGUAGCGUUUGUCAUUUAGUGAACACAGCAAUAGACUCUAACUUGUAACAAGGUAUAUUGUAUUAGGUUGCAUAAUUUAUUUCACUAGAAAAAGUUUUUGUAGUUCUGACUAUAAAUAUGUAGCAUGUUUGGUCUAAAGCAAACUUAACUCAUUCAUUGGGUAUGACUUGCUUCUGCGCUUUGGUGUUAUGGAUCAAGUGCCACAGAAUGCCUGUGUGUAAAUUUUUUUUUUUUUUUUUUUUUUUUUGGUCAUUCCUUAUUUCAAAAUUGAAAAAGAGAGUCAGUUGUCACAAAAUUAACCCACGAUGCCUUCUCCAGGUUUCAUAAAAAUAAGUCAAAACUCCUGACUUUUGUUAAAUUUGAUUGCUGAUGAGGUUCAAAUUAAUUUUGGUGCCAUAGCCUUGAGAUAGCUGUCAGCAAACUUGUGUAAGUGCAUGUGUGUACUACGUUUUGUAGAGCACAGUGGAUUUGAAGAAAGGACUUUCGUGACUUUCAUUUGAAUUAAUGUUCAUGACAUUAAGCUUGUACCUUUUUUUGCAAAUUUGGUUUUGGGUGGCCUUAAUAUAUUUUAUGAAAUUUCCCAUGAACUGCUGUUUUUCCGUUGUCUUUCCAACAAUAGAGUGAGGGGGGAUAGAUUAACAUAUUGGUUGAAAGGGUAGACCGGAGUGCAGAAAACAAUUUAUAAUGUUACUUAAAACAAAUACAAAUCAUUAGAUGACUAACAGGUAUAUUUCUAAAACUAGCAUUUGUUGAAUUUGAACCAUUGGCAGUAACUUAGAUUUGUAAGUAUUGUUUGAAAGUCUACACAGUUCACCAUUUGUUUAGGGCUACAAAUGUCUGUGUCGCUUAAAUGACACGAAAAGGGACUGAGGACUCAGUACAACUGAAAGAACAGUUUGUGGUUGUUCAGUUAGCAUGUAACUGAUACAUGUCACCAGUAUAUUACUAUCAUUUUGUCUUGGCUUUGCAAAAAAAUGCAAUUUAUGCUCAUGAUUGUCUCAUUAUAUCCCACUUUGAACGUGUUAGACUCCAUGUCAGCUACCUCUUGAAAGAUGUCCUAUUUUACAGGUCCCUGAUGUGUCAAGCCUUGUACGCUCCACCUCUGGGCUAAGUUUAGAAUAAGCAUCAUAGGCAUUUUAUAUUUUUUUUUUUUUUUUAAAAAAAAAAAAAAAAACAUGUUCCAUUAAUAGGCACUCAGCAGUGUAGCUUAUGAAAAUAGUUUUCUGUAGAAGUUGUAGAGGUCAAGUGACUCCUCGUUUGCUGGCUGAGAAUCCAUCUUUAAAGGGAGGAUGUGAAAUUGCCAGUUAAGUCCGACUUGCUUCGUAGGCGUCUUGAAUAUCUGCCAUCUCUUCGGCACUUUGAAAUGAUGGUCGUCUUAGAGACUUGUCUUCCUUUUUUGCUUUUGAAUAAUGUUGUGAAGUCUGUGGGAUUAUCUCCUGUAAAGGACAUUGUACAUAAAGACUACCCUGUAAGGGUUUCAGCUGCCCAAAUUCUUUAUUUUUUGGUGUACAGUCCAUUCAGUCUUUCUAUAUUGAACCAGUGCUUACACCGUAGUUGUGGUAAAAUGUGUAAGUGUGAUGGUUUUCACUGAUCGUUGAUAUAUGUAUGAUUGCUUUAUACCAUCCAGUCUUUUAUUGUUUCCUUGAGUGAAUUUAAACAAUAUAUGUAUAUAAAUUUCCCUCAGUUGCUUCUCUUAUGGUCUAAGUUAUAAUUUUUAUGAAUAUACAGUACAAUAAGAUGUUUGUCUUAACGUUGUCGCUGUCGCACAGUUGUGGGCUUCAAAUGUAAUUUAUUAGUUGUGAAGUACUUAUUAGCUGCGAAAAUUUGUCAGUCAUAAGAGCACGGCUAAAUAUAUCUGUGUAAACACACAUUACUGUACUUGAUUGUCAAAGGUAAGAAUGUUUCUCAAUUUUUUU